AUGUUCGGAUGCUUCUCUCUCCCCUCCUCCUGUGGCACAGUGCCCAGAGACUUCAGCGUCUCUCUGCCUCGACACAUGGAGGCUCUGCGUGGAUCCUGUCUGACCAUUCCCUGCUCCUUCACCGUCCGAAAGACGUAUGAGCAAGACCUGACGUCUGACUGUAGAUCAGAGUGGAGAAAAACCACUGAUUCUAAAGUAGCUUUUACUCGAACAACAACAGGAAACUUAGAGCAGAAGAACUGUACGACGACAGUGCGUGACAUCACAGAAGAGAACCAGGCUGCUCCCACUCCCACCCUGAGCCCCCCCACUGUGAGUGUGGCUGAGGGGCAGUCUGUGAGGCUGCAGUGCUCUGCUCCUGUCCCGUGUCCGUCUCUCCCUCCCACUCUGACAUGGAGCCCUGUCCUGGGACAGGUUCAGGUCACUCUGCAGCAGCAGGAGGACAACACCUACGUCCAGGAGUCCACUCUGAGCUUCACGGCGUCUCACAUCCUCCACGACAAGAGCAUCACAUGCUCCGCAGAAUACAGACGAGAGGACGCCUCUGUGACCACUGCGAGUGUGCAGACCACGCCUUCGGUCUCAUAUGGACCCAGAAACACCAACGUGACAGUGAGUCCCUCUGGUGCAGUGGCAGAACACAGUCACAUGUCUCUGAGCUGCAGCAGUGAUGCUAACCCAGCUGUACAGCACUACCACUGGUAUAAAGCUGAUGGAGGAACUCACACUUCCAUUGGAAACUCCUCUGUUUUACACAUGAACGCCUCCAGAGAAACUACUGCUGUUUUCUGUCAGGCUCAGAAUGAACUUGGGACUCAUCGCUCCUCUGUCACUUCUUUAGACGUCCAAUAUCCUCCGGAAACUCCAACAGUGAGCAUUAUUCCCUCUGGUCCUGUGGCAGAAAACAGUCACAUCAGGUUGAUCUGCAGAAGUGACGCCAACCCAAGCGUCUUCCACUGGCAGAGAGAAACCACUGCUGUUUUCUGUGAAGUCAAGAAUCAUCUGGGAACGGAGCGCUCUGUGGUCUCUCAGCUGGACGUACAGUUCCCUGCACAGAUCCUGAGCUCCUCAAACUGCUCUGGAGACUGGGCACAGAUCCUCUGUGUGUGUGAGGCUGAGGGGAAGCCCUUUCCUCUGGUACACUGGACGUUCCCAGCGGUCUCUCCAAACCUCUCCAUCAGCACUCGGUUCAGCUGCCGCCGUUUGGACAGACGUGAGAACUCUGCGUCUCGUGGCUGUGAUUGUGUUGGUUGUGUCGACUACACUGCUCUGUGUCCUCAGAAAAGUAAAAGUGGUUCCUGCUCAGCGUCCGUCUGUGGAUGUGGCUUUGAACCCAAUACUACGCUCAAACUAGAAAUGUGA